GGUUGAUUAGGCUUCCACCACUACCGAGCGAACAGCAACAAUCACGGAAUCAUCUGAGAAAACACCAUAAUCAAUACCUAUCUUCCUAAUAAUUCCCCUGGGCACCUCAUUGUUCAUUAAUUUUAAUCAUUAUUUUAAUAGCUUUCCAUCCCCAGUAAUUUUUUUUUAUUUGUUUAUAAUCACUGCAUAACGACGGCUUAGCAUUAAUUCCACAAAAUCGCAGCAAAUUAGGCACGACAAGAAAAACCCAGAAGCCCAAAAACACUCAUUUCACUGCUCCGUACGAAUAGCCUGAGCAAAAGAAGACCUGGGUUGUGUCCUCAACAGGAGCCACGUUUCGAAAGUUUAAGGCUUUUGGGUUUUGAUCUGUCUCUGAUGGUGAUCGAUCUGUGACGAGGUAAGUGGAUAUGGUGGGAUGAAGGAGAAGACACGAAGGAAUGGCUCGGGUAGGAGAAUGGGGAUUUAAAGGUAGAGCGAAAUGGGGCUGUUCGUACAAGAAGACCACUCUCAUCGUUUGCUCCAUUAACAUUGUUGUUGCUCUAUAUGUUCUUCGUUCUCUCUACGCUUCUCUGUACAUCUACUCCGAUAGAGAUUCACGUCCCACUCUUGAGUACACUCCAGAUCAGAUUAGGAAAAUGGAGGAAUCAGUUCGGAUUCGAAAAGCAGCUGAACCGGUUGAGCUCAUUAGAUUGGUAAAGGCACUAAAGAAGGAGCUUUCCAGAGAGGUAGUGGUUGAAUUGCCACAGCCUUUGAAACUGAAGAUAACCAAUGAGAUAGUUGAGAGGUUGAAAACCUUGAGGCCCAAAGCAAAUGUUACUGAGCAGAGAGAAUUUGUCGAAAGAUGGUGCAAAGAAAAACUGAAGGAAGCUAAGCAGUUGGCUCUUGAGACAGACGCUUCAAAUUCAACAAUUCUUCAUGAGGAAGCAGAAAUGCUAGUAAAAGCUUUGGAGUCUGAUUGGACAGUGCUGUUGGAAGACAUGGGCCUUUGGAUACCUGCUAACACAGAACAUCACGAUAAACCUGAGGGUGAAGAGGAGGAGGAGUUAGAUCAAAUUUUGCCGGGAAGGCCACUUCCACCUGAAUGCCAUGCGGAAGUUCACACAGAUUAUGAUGGUGCUGCUGUAAGAUGGGGGCUUAACCACCACAAAGAUAGUGCAGCUGACUGUUGUCAGGCUUGCUUGGAUCAAGCUAAACGUGCUAAGCCUAACGAAAAGAGAUGUAAUAUAUGGGUAUACUGCCCGUCUGAAAGCGGUUGCCAUUCUCCAGAUAUCUAUGAGCAUAAACUUGGAGAGUGCUGGCUAAAAUACGCAGAAGCGCCCAAACUCAAUUUUAAGGACAAGUAUCCUGAAUCAUACAGAAACAACCAUCCAUCUGCACCACUUGUUGUUCCUUGGGCCUCUGGCAUUGUUGGUGCAUGAUAGGAUUUAUCCAGAAAAAAGAAAAAAGAAAAAGGACAAACCCUUGUCAUUGUAAUGUGAUCUGCAAAGGCUAACCAUGUUCUGGAAAUAUCACAAAACACACGCAUAUAUAGCUUCACUGGAAUCUCUAAUCAUGGUCUCCCUGGGUUUAUAUAUUUUUGUUCCUAUCAAAUUGUUUUGUGAAAAAUAGAAGAAAUAGGGAGAAAUUCUUUGUAAGAGAGAGUGGGGUGGAGUCACUGAAGGUUAAGGUAUGCCCCAUGCUUGUUGUUUGUUCACAAGUCAUUUUUUUGUAAUACGGAUUGUCAUCGUACGGGUGCCGACGGUUCAAGGUGAAGAAGUCUUGGUCGGAGGCAAAGUGAGCUUUGUUGUUAGACAUUGAAACUUUCCCUGGAAUGAUUGAUUAAUUAAUGGGGAAUAUGAAUUUCCGUCUCUGAACA